GUUAAACGUGCAGCCUUUGCUCACAUCGCGGUAGCGCGCCCAUUUCAGUCUCAUGGUGAUCUUCAAACGGUGCAGUUCACUUGUUUACCAAAUGAUCUCACCCACUUUUGGUGCAUUAACGCGUGCGACGCGUACAAGCAUCUGCCAUCUACAAAAACUUAUACAGCGCCACUUAACAGCCACAGUGGCAGAUGGUAAAUAUGUUGUGGUGCAACACGAGCAGAAGAAUAAUGCAACAAUGAAAUUUCCAAGUGUAUGGCUACGUGACAAUUGUUAUUGUGAACAAUGUUUUCAUCAGAGCUCCAAGUCGCGCCGCAUCGAUUGGGAUAAUUUCGAUACCGAUGUGUUGGCGCUCGAUGUUCAGGUUGACUCAGUCGCUGAGCAAGUGACGAUCCAGUGGAGCGAUAAGCAUGUUUCUACAUACGAUCUACAUUGGCUAAGUGAGCGCGAAUUUCGUGAUGAGCGUAAACAAAAGUAUUUGGAUGAAUUUUACCGGCCGAAGCCAAAGCAUUGGGCUGGUAAGCAGUUUAGAGAAAUUACAGAAACAUUCAACUUUGAUGAUGUUAUGCAGACUGAUGAUGCUCUCCGGCAAUGGCUCGAGGCGCUAGCAGUGCGUGGUGUUGCCAUCAUCGAGUAUGCACCGUUGGAAAAAACUGUUGUACGCCAAUUAGCCGACCGUGUUGGUUUCAUACGACGCACGACAUAUGGCGAAGAAUUCAUUGUGGAGGCCAAGCCAGGCGCUAAGAAUUAUGCCUACCUCUCCCAUCUGCUGCCACUGCAUACCGACCUGCCCUACUACGAAUACAAGCCGAGCGUAAACAUUCUGCACUGCCUGGUGCAGUCAAAGUCAGAAGGUGGCAGUAAUCUGCUGGUCGACGGAUUUUACAUUGCUGAUCGCUUGCGCGUCGAACAUCCAACGGAUUUCCAUAUACUUACAGAGACGUUGGUCGAUUGGAAUGAUAUUGGCAGCGAGGAUGGGCGGAGUUUUCAUAACAUCUGGCGGGCGCCGGUGAUAUGUUUAGACAGUGACGGAAAUUACACGCGUAUAAAUCACAGCGUUCCCCAGCGCGACAGUCAUUUCUCCGUGGCGCUGCGCUCCGUCAUACCCUGGUAUCAGGCCUAUGCCAAGUUUGUGCGUUUGGCGCGGCGCGACGCCUUUGCAUUUAAAACGAAACCCGGCGACGUUUUGACUUUCAAUAAUAUUCGUCUGUUGCACGGUCGCACCGGGUACGAUGACACCGAGCAGAAUAUACGGUACAUUGUGGGCGCCUACCUCGACUGGGACGUCAUCUAUUCGAAGCUGAGAGUGUUGAAAAGCACACAGGCACAAAGCGCCAACGACAGCAAUGCUGCAGCAGCAGCAGCAGCGAGGGACCAGAAGGCAUCAGCGACAGCAAGAACAAAAACAGGCGGCUUAUAGAAGUCACAGCCGCUAGAGGCCUCCGCGCCUCCGCUGCCGGCUGCCGGCUGCCAGCUGCACAACCACAACGCGCUGCACAACAACGGCGACAACAAUUGGCGCACUGCUGUUUGAGGAUGUCAAGAGGCGAGCAACAACCGACGCAGCUGCUGUGGUAGUAGUAAGAGGAAUAGCAGCAACAGCGGCUGUAAAGAAGGGGGGUUUGCGGUGCAAUGUUUUCUAUUAUAGAAUUUUUACCGACAUUGCCUUCAUUAUUUUUCGAAUCCUCUUUUGCUUUUUUUUCUGCUUUUGUUAUUGUGUUUGCAUGUCUUUUAGAAUUUUAUUGAUUUUUAAUAAAGUAGCGAACAGCAGGCGGCCGGAAGUUGUGGUGACAUUAAAGAGGAUAAUUUGCUUGCUUUCGCACUUAGAUUAUAAUCAAGUGACGAGAUUAAAUUGUAAAAUGCAAUGAAUAAUUCAUUGAUAAAUUCGUAUCAUU